AUGGCACCAAACGACACGGCCGCACGGGGCUGCCCGUUCCGAGCCCAGCGCCUUCCGUCGCGCCACGUCAUCGACGUCCCGACCACGACGCGGCUGCUCUACGAGAUUGGCGGGCCUGGCCGGAUCCUCGAGUUUUGCGUGGCGUUCUACCUCUUGGCCUUUGCGGACACCACGCUUCAAGCGUUUAUGUAUGAGAACGACGGCGCGGUCGCCCACGGCGAGCGGCUCUCGCAAUGGAUCGUGGCCCAGAUGCAAGGUACUGGCGGCGGCGGGUGCCAGCACGCGUGGGCCGCCGCGCACCACCGCGCGCGCCACUGCGAGAAGCGACCGGCAACAGUGCGCGGUGCAUGCUUCAGCGUUCGCGAUGCUCGUGCGUGGAUGCGGCUGCAUUUCUGGGCCAUGCGCGAGUGCGGCUUGGACCGGAACCACGCAUUUUGGACGUGGUACGUCCAGUUUAUCCACGCCAACAUUGGACUGCACAACUCGUACGCCCCGGGGUACACGCACCUCGACGCGGUCUGGUCCACCGACGCGGCCAACGUCGCCGCCUACCGCGCCGCCAAAUGCACCAUGACCGACCUCUGCCCUAGCCUCUACUGCUAA